UCCAACUGUGUAUCAUACUCUACAUGUAAACACGUCCCCAGGACGCACUCGCCUCUCUCUCUCUCUCUUACUGGUCUGUGUCAAAAGCAGGAAAGAGAAUAAGAUAAAGAAUGAGGACGAGGCUCUAACACAAAGAGGAAAAAGUAAAAGCGCGUAGCGUUUCUCGCACCUACAAUGCCUAGAUUUCUUCUACUAUGGCUUCUGGUCCUCUGCUUAACUAUUUCUUCGUUUUCAUCUCGACCGGAGCCAUUUGCCCUGCGCAUAAGUUGUGGAGCCCGAGAAAAUGUCCAUACGCCACCAACGAAUACAUUGUGGUUUAAAGAUUUUGCAUACUCAGGAGGCAUACCAGCUAAUGCAACAGCUCCAAGUUAUGUGACUCCUCCACUUAAAACACUUCGUUAUUUCCCCCUUUCUGUAGGGUCAGAUAAUUGUUAUAAUAUAGAAAGAGUGCCAAAGGGACACUAUGCAGUGAGAAUCUUCUUUGGAUUGGUUGCACAACCAAAAAUUGACAAUGAACCUCUAUUUGAUGUAUCCGUUGAAGGAACACUGAUUAACUCUUUGAAAUCGGGUUGGAGCAGCCAAGAUGAUCAAGCAUUUGCUGAAGCUCUUGUCUUUCUUACAGAUAAAACUGUUUCUCUCUGCUUCCAUAGUACUGGUCAUGGAGAUCCAUCAAUUCUUUCAAUUGAGAUUCUUCAAGUUGAUAAUAAAGUCUAUAAUGUUGGUCAGCAAUUGGAUGGAGGAGUGAUCCUUAGAACAGUCAAACGACUUAACUGUGGAACUGGGAAGCCAAAGUUCGAUGCAGAUUACAAUGGUGACCGUUGGGGUGGAGAUAGAUUUUGGAAACCUAUUUCAACCUUCAGUCAGAGUUCUGAUCGCGUUAUAUCUGUUGAAAGUAAAAUUAAGCAUGCUUCAGAACCUCCAAACUUUUAUCCAGAAGGUCUUUAUCAGACAGCAAUUGUUGGUACUGAUAGUCAGCCAGAAUUAGCAUAUACAAUAGAAGUAGAUCCUAAUAGGAAUUAUUCAGUUUGGUUACACUUUGCGGAGAUUGACCCUUCCAUCUCUGCUUUUGGGCAAAGGGUAUUUGACAUCCUAAUUAAUGGUGACAUUGCAUUUGAAAAUGUGGAUAUUGCUAAAAUUAGUGGAGGCCUUUAUGUUGCUGUUGUACUUAAUACAACUGUUACAAUUAAUGGGAGGACUUUGACAGUAGUACUGCAACCCAAAAAAGGUGCUCAUGGUAUAAUCAGUGCCAUUGAGGUAUUUGAGGUUGUCAUACCUGAAUCUAAAACUUUAGCAGAAGAAGUUAGGGCAUUACAGACACUGAAAAAGGCAUUGGGGCUUCCUCUUCGGCUUGGGUGGAAUGGUGAUCCUUGUGUUCCCCAACAGCAUCCAUGGAGUGGAGCAGAUUGCCAAUUUGACAGAACUAGCAGUAAAUGGGUCAUUGACGGGCUUGGUCUUGACAACCAAGGUCUCAAAGGUUUUCUGGCUAGUGACAUAUCCAGACUGCGUCAUCUACAGAGCAUUAACUUGAGUGGAAAUACCAUCCAUGGGGCCAUUCCUUCUUCACUUGGAACAAUAACAAGCUUAGAAGUUCUGGACCUUUCCUAUAAUUCCUUCAAUGGAUCAAUUCCUGAUAGUCUUGGACAGUUGAAGUCAUUGCAAACACUGAAUCUCAAUGGCAAUUUUCUUGUAGGAAAAGUGCCAGUUGCUUUGGGAGGAAGACUUUUGCACAGAGCUAGCUUCAAUUUUACUGAUAAUGCUGGUCUUUGUGGCAUACCUGGACUUCCUUCAUGUGGGCAUCAUCUAACCGCUGGUCAAAAGGUUGGCAUUGUGUUAGGUGCUUUGACGUUGUUAUUACUCAUUGUACUCUGCUCAAUAUGUUGGUGGAAAAGGCGUCAAAAUAUCCUUCGAGCACAACAAAUUGCAGCAAGAGAAGCUCCAUAUGCGAAGGCAAGAACACAUUUAUCACGUGAUAUCCAGAUGAGCAGGAAUCAAAAUCAUCCCAACGCUCGGACUGCAGCUGAGAACGGGCCUAUCUUGCUUUCAUGAUUAAGACCAUCCCAGUGGUCCGGUCAAAACUUGCUGCUACUGCGAGUGCUCUUAGGGUUCCCUACAGCUCCUUAGUAACCUUUCCUAUCAUCUUCGACUUUCCGUAUUACUGUUUAUUAAGCUUUGGUCUCCUUUAAAAUCAUAUUCAGAUGCUUAAAGAUCCACCAUCAUAGAUCCCUUAGUGGUAUGCCCUUAAAGACCAAAAUCUUGUAUAUUGCUCCGAUUCUUUCUUUUCUUUUCGAUUUUUUUGCAAAGAAAAGUUGUAACACAUAAAAAGAAAAUGAUGCCUAUGUAAAAUCUAGAUUGUACCCCAAAAAAAAAAAAUUCUUGCUUAUUUCAAAUAUUGGGUUUCCUAAUGUAACGCAAGUGGUUCUUAA